AUGUCUGUGGGGAUGAUCAUUUUGAGGAAUCUCAAUUUGAGUCACUAUGCAAAGAUAGUUAAAAAACUAAGAAAAACUGCAGUACCAACACUCUUUAGCAUUCCAAAUCCACCACCAUCUGUAACUGACAAGAGGAUAAGAGAAGUAAGAUGUCCUAAGCCAAAUACUGAAGUGGAAACUCUACCUGCUUCAAAUGAAGAGUUGUUAAAAAAAAUAGAAUUCCUUGAGCAACAGCUUCAAGAAAAAGAUGCAAAAUUGACAUCAUUUUUGUCCGAUGAGCAAGUAGGAACCCUUGCUGUGCAGUCAAAAAGGAACUGGUCAGAAAAGUCCAUUAUAAAAGGACUGAAGAUGCGAUUUGCUUUGGGCAAACAUGGAUAUAAUUACCUCAGAAGUACUGGAUAUCCAGCACCAUCGUACAGUACCUUGAACAGGAGGAUUAGGGACAUAAAAAUUAAAUUUCGGCAUUUUAGAAAAUUUGUUUUUUUUUCCUCAAGACAAAAGUUCAUUCAUUGGAUGCUCUUGAUAGGAACUGCUGCCUUUUAGUUGACGAAAUGGAAAUAGCUUCAUAUCAAGAUUUUGAUACAUCGUCUAAGUCAUUCAUUGGAAAUGUUACGUUA